GUCCACGUACAACAAAGCAAAUCCAAAACUCUCACUUCCUCAACGCGAAAGAGGAGCUAGCUUGGCCGCUUGCACUAGCGGGGCUGGCCGGAUAGGUUGAUGGGCACCAAAUUGGCGCUGAUCUCAGUGGCUGUGAUGUUGUACACGUGUCAAGCAGGCAGCAGCUUCCACCCUUUGAUCCUAAUACCUGGGAAUGGUGGGAACCAGCUAGAAGCCCGGCUAACCGCUGGCUACAAACCCUCGAGCUUGUACUGCAACAGGUGGAACCCGGUUGUGAAGAAAAAGGAGGGUUGGUUCAGGCUAUGGUUCGACCCCAGCGUCCUCUUGGCUCCCUUCACCAAGUGCUUUGCUGAGCGCAUGAUGCUUUAUUAUGAUCCUGAGUUGGACGAUUACCGCAAUGCUCCUGGGGUUGAAACCAGGGCCCCUCACUUUGGUUCCACCCAGUCCCUUCUCUACCUGGACCCUCAUCUCAAGCACAUUACAGCAUACAUGGCACCCCUGGUGGAAUCUCUGGAACAAAUUGGAUAUGUGAAUGGGAAAACCCUGUUUGGAGCUCCAUACGAUUUCAGAUAUGGUUUAGCAGCGGAAGGCCACCCAUCCCAUGUGGGUUCCAAGUUCCUGCAAGACCUAAAGGAAUUGAUAGAGAAUGCAAGCUCUUCUAAUGGAGGGAAGCCAGUGAUACUUCUCUCCCACAGCUUAGGAGGCCUCUUUGUCCUCCAACUUCUCAGCCGAAACCCGCCCUCCUGGCGCCAGAAAUUCAUCAAACACUUCGUCGCUCUCUCUGCCCCAUGGGGUGGCACUACGCAGGAGAUGCUCACCUUUGCUUCUGGGUAUUCACUUGGAGUGCCUCUUGUAGAACCCUUGCAGGUAAGAGAGGAGCAGAGGAGCUCAGAAAGCAACCUAUGGCUCAUGCCUAAUCCCAAACUAUUUGGUCGCCAAAAACCACUUGUGAUUACUCCAAAUGCAACCUAUUCAGCCCAUGACAUCGCCCAGUUUCUCAAUGACAUAGGAUUCCCAGAAGGAGUACAUCCUUACAAGUCUCGCAUUUUGCCUUUGACAGAAAGAUAUGCAGCUCCUGGGGUGCCCAUCACGUGUAUAAUCGGGAGUGGUGUACGGACGCCGGAGACUUUGUUCUACGGGAAAAAUGGUUUCGAUGAGCAACCGGAGGUUGUUUAUGGGGAUGGAGACGGGACAGUGAACAUGGUGAGCUUGUUAGCACUUGAAUCACUCUGGUCGGACAAGAUAAAUCAACCCGUUAAGGUGAUCAGAAUUCCUGGGGUUUCUCAUACAUCAAUACUCAGAAAUGGCGCUGCACUUGAUCAAAUUAUAGAAUUAAUUUCAGGUGUCAAUUCAAGUGUACAAUAUUCUGUUGAGUAAAGAUUCAAAUAGGGCUUUGAUGCAUCAUGUCAUUGAGCAACACCACACACAAAAAAACACUUUUUAAGACUUGCUUAUUCUUUCUUUUGUGAUCAUCUUUCCCAAUGCUAUUUAUACAACACAAUUAUCUCA